AUGGAAGAGGUUGCAAUUGAGACCGCAUCAUUCAGCAAGUAUGCUGGGUUCACAGGGGUUCGUCUGGGUUGGACUGUGGUUCCAAAAGAGCUUUUAUUUUCUGAUGGAUUUCCUGUUGCCAGGGACUUCAACCGAAUUGUAUGCACUUGCUUCAAUGGUGCAUCAAAUAUCUCCCAAGCUGGUGGUUUUGCUUGCCUUUCACCAGAAGGCCUUCAGGCUAUGCAUGAGGUGGUUAGUUUCUACAAAGAAAAUACUGAUAUCAUAGUGAAGACCUUUACUUCUCUUGGAUUUAAUGUGUAUGGAGGGAAGAAUGCACCAUAUGUGUGGGUUCAUUUCCCCGGCCGAAGUUCAUGGGAUGUGUUCGGUGAGAUUCUUGAGAAAAUUCAUGUGGUUACCACACCUGGUAGUGGUUUUGGACCUGGUGGUGAAGGUUUCAUCAGGGUUAGUGCCUUUGGCCACAGAGGAAAUAUUUUAGAAGCCUGCAAAAGAUUCAAGCAGUUGUACAAUUGAUCAGUGUGUCCGACUGAUUCUCUUCCUUUGGACCUAACAUAAGCCUGUUCUUUGUUUCGUAUAGUUAGGAAACUGGGGCUAAUAUACAAUGCAACGCAAACUCUGGAAUAGCUGUUUUCUAGCAUUAGCAUUUUGUUCCAUACUUCUUGAAAGCUGUAUGGAACUAUAUGUAUAAACACAAUCAAUAAGAUUCAUUUAUUAAA